UGCUACUGCCAUUUUGUAUUGAUGCGCAUGGGUGAAAGGUUAGGUCAGAAAUCCCGAUCGAUUUACGAACGAAAAGAAACUUUUAAUAAACGACUUAAUGUGAAUCUGUGAUGUAAAUGGAUCACUAAUUUGUUAUAAGAGACACGACUUAGCUUUUAAUACGUUUAAUGGUAUUUGUAACAUUUUCUUCACGCGGAUGAAUACCGCGGGUGAAACACGGCGGUCGAUAUUGUUAAAUAAACUAAUAAUUUAAAAAAUAGUGCUUUUUUUCUUCCAAACGACUUGUGAUAUCUUUAUUAAUUUUGCAAAGGAAUCGUCUUUGGUAGUUUUAUUUCACAAGUUAAUAACGAAAAUCCAAAGUAUCGGAAGCGCUUUUGUUGGAUUACAUAUUUUCUAUCUCGAUGCAACUGAAAUUAGUCUAUAUGGAAUGAAAUAUUAAAAAUGUGAUAUAAUUUAUAAAAUGAUGUUUUACACAAGUAAUUUUCUGUCGGUUUGGAUAUGGUUACAAGUCACUCUUGAUUUUUCAGAGGGCGGAUGCACGUGGCCAGCAGCAUUUGUGAGUUCCACGUGGCGUGACAAUACACGCGGUGACAUCACAUUUGGCACUGAUACGCUGCAAGGAUGGAGUAUACAAAUGUAUGGAUCUACAGUCAGUAAUUGGGAAUGCUUGGAUCAAAGUUAUUUUGAUUCAGAGGGAAUAUUGAUUAUAAAGUCCACAGAUACGUUUAGUCAUGUAGGUGGAACUUGGACCUCAUUUGUUUGCCUGGAGAUGACAAAGGUCACAGACAAUUCGUAUUAUUAUUACCAAAAACAUGACCAACUUGACUCUGGCGGAAGCGGAGACGAGCGUGUCAAAUCAGAAACUGACGGUACCAUUACCGGAAAGUCAAAUAUAUGUGGUUCAACUGCUGUACCAACUGCUGAAUUUCAUUUCAUGGUCAAGUCAGGGUCGGAAUCAGCAUCAAAGCAAUAUUGUUCCCCCUCUCUCCUGGCUAAGAUGGACUACACACUUGAUACCCUAGGUGUGGAAACUUGUGCCGGCACGGUUGAUGACUGGGACGUUUGUACUAACAGAACAACAAUGACAUUUAAUUAUACAACAUGUGCAUCUGAGAUGCUUUAUUCAAGUGGUGGAGAAGUUUAUUGUAUGGCUAACCUAACAUCAACAUACGAAUAUACCGUGGUCUAUAAUACGGACGCCUCUCCGACAUACAGAUUUGCAUGUAUUGUUUCGAACAGUGCAGGAACGGAGGCGUCAAUAGUGUAUAAGAAUUGUACAAUAGAUCAGACACCGACAACUAAUGCUAAACAACAUGAUGGAACAAACAUUGGUGCUCUUGUAACUAUGGAAGCGAAAGGUAAUACCGAAAUGAUUUGA